AUGGUGUUGUGGACUAUAGUUUUUGCUGUGAACGCACACUUUGCCCAAGCAGCGUAUCGGAAGGGGACAGAUAUCGAUCCCGAUAAAAAAAUUCGUGCGGAAGCAGUAAGCCAUAAAUGGCCGCCUAAAAGCCCCCCUCUAUUCCUGUUCUUCGAGAAACAUGGCCAUUUCAAAUACAUGAAUUCCAUAUCGCAAAAUUCUGGAUACAAGAACAUUAGAGACGGCAUGUAUCAUCAAACAUACAUCUACACGUGGGGGAACGCAAAAUCUCGACCAUUUUCUACCCUUGAUGAAGGACUCACCAUGAGACCGUACUCGAGUUAUGGGAGAGCAGAAGGUGCCGAUCCGUAUGGCAUUUUCUGCCCCCCAAGGAAGCUGCCAAACAUGCGUGGCCAUGUCGUUUUUAUUUCGAGUGAAACUUCUGGCAAUGUCUUUCCAAAUGAUCACAUGUUGAAGAGAGACAUCCCUUUUGAGUUGAGGGCGACACGUGGAACUUGGCGCCCGGGAAAGAAUGUUAAAAAAGUCCCCUUCAAGAUGCAAGAAGCCGUAUUUGGCUUGGAGGUGUUACCUAAUUUUUUUCAUUCCAUCUCUUUGUUAAUCGGAGCAUUUCCUUUCACCGUUGGAAUAUUUUUCAAAACUUUGGCGACUGGGGGCUGGGGCACCGCUUUCGGGUUCUAUAAUUUUGACUUUAAGUUGGAGGGUACUACCACUACAAUUAUGAUGGCACUCGUCUGGAUGAAUGAAACGAAUGCAGCAAAACAGAUGAAAACCGCGCCACCUAUCUUGGAUCUGUUCAAGAAACGUAUAAUCAUCCUGUGCACUGUCAUGGGGUUUUUGGCAGCUAUUAACUGUAGGACCUUACCGGGUGAAUAUGGAGAAUAUGCCUGGCAACCUAGCACUUACAACAUUAUUUUUGUGGUAAUGCCCCUCAUUGGUUUCGGUUGCGCGGUCUUUUUCCAAAAUCAAGCCGGCAAGGUGACUGAGAUGCUAUCAGAUUCUUCCGAAAAUGCCGCGAUGAUUGCCUUCCGUAACAAAAUGAUCCUUAACCUUGCGAGAGCUGGUUUUUUUGAUAUUGGUUCUCUUCCGGUCUUGCUGGUAAUGGGAUCUAUCCCGGCGACAGCAGCACGUGCUCCCGACUUUAAUAUUGUCACGUUUCUAGCAAUUGUGUUUUUCCGCGACGGAGUUUCUCAUUUUCAAUUGAUAGCCAUCGAGCCUGCAGCAGCUAGAAAAGCGCGUGACAACAAGCGAAAAAAACUUAACCUCGAUGACUUCCUCCGUAUCCUCGGUGUCCUCAUCAGUGGAUUCAUCAUCAUCGUUUUUCCGCGAGACCGAGAUAUUAUUAACUUUUUUGUCAAAUUUGUUUGUUUCUCACGAAUAUCAGGAAAACUUGUUUGA